UAAAGAAGAGGAAUUCGUAGUCUAUAACAAUAAUUGUAGUCAUCCCCUCUCUCAUUGUCCACACCUAUACAUGGAUGUCCGACCCCUUCUUCAACCCCUUUUACCCAUCACCACUGAUGCGGCCGCCACCACCGCCACCACGUCUCCCUCGGCCUCCGCCACCGUCACCACCUUGAUUUCUUCUUCCGUAGAUGACAAUAAGCAUGAUGAGCUCGCCGACGUCAUUUCAUCAAACUCCGGGAUCAUUCUCCGACUGCUUUCCAUCGCUUUCGUCGGAAUAUUAUCCAUAUGGGCAAACUACGAAGCGUCCAAAGGAUUCGAUAUCACCGUCGUCAACGACGCCCGCGACUCGCCAGCCGGGCAGCGGUUCGAUCUCUUAUUCGUACGCAACGACGAGGCCAGGAGAAUGGUCCUCAUUGCAGCUAAAUUUCUAGAUAACAUUCUUUAUUCCGACCACCACCUUAAGAUGCGAGUCAACAGCGUCACCGCGCGGCUGGCCGGACGGAACCUGACCAGCACGGUGGUCGUUAAAGCCACGGGGAAUCGUGAUUUUUGGAUAAAUAUAAGCCCUCAGAUACUGCAAGAGAGGGACGUGAACCGUGCGAUGGCAUCGGCCUUGCAGCAUGGAAUGGCUAAGAUAUGGCUGUGGGGUAGCCACCUCACUGCCCCGGCGGCUCUUGUUGACGGUAUUGUUGAGUACAUAAGCCUUUUGUCGGGAUCCGGUGCAGGAAUAUUGGACGCCGGUGGUGUAUGGUCGCCGGCGCCGGGCAGUAAUACUGUGUGCUGGGAGGCUAAUAAUACUGAUCCUGUGGCCGUGGCGCGGUUCUUGAGUUUUUGCGAGAAGCGGGAGAAGGGGUUUAUCGGACGGCUGAGUAAGGCGUUGGAGGAUGGGUGGCACGACCGGACGGUGGAUGAUGCGCUGGGGGUGCCAGCUCAAAGCUUGUGUGAUUCUGGUUAGCACGAUUAAUGUUGUUUCCUUUAUUGUCCACUAGUUCGUGAGCAUGUUGGCAGGCAAUUAUAUGGGAUGGGAUCAAAAUGGCUUGUGAUAAUUGUCAUACCUUGGACAUGGAAUAAAUCGAUGUCGUUUUCUUUCUUA